AUGGAUCAAAGGAUUAACAUGGAAUUAAUUAAAAAUAUCUGCUAGAUGAUUCGAAAAAUUAAGCAGAAUAAAAUUUCAAGACAAUAAUAGUAGUAAUAGAGAAAUGAUAAGACUCAAAAAGUAAUUAUUUGUUUAGAUGAUGAGGAUGAAACAACAUCAGAAUAGGGUAAAACUUAGAUUAUAUAGGAAAUACCAAACGAAGUUAUUUUAAGUUCAAACUAAUAGGAAAUAAAGAGUAAUUCACUCUCUGGAAUAGCCUCACUCAAUUUUACAAGUUCUUCAGAUAAAGAAUUAAAAAAAUAUCUAAAAGAAAAAUAGGUAAUUUUAAGUGAAGAUGCUUAUUUAAAUCAUAAUGAGUAAGCUUAAAGCAACACGCAUGUCUCUAAUAUUGCAGAUAUUGGUUCAUGGGCUUCUGAUAAAAAGUUUCAAAGAUUUGAUAAAGUUGCUAUAUAGGUAGACUAAAAUUAAAACUAAGCAAAAUAUUAGUCAGAGCUUGAUGACUUAGAUUAAACAGUAAUUUAGAAGAGUCCAAGUAUCAAUAAAGCUAAAUUUCUCAAGCCUCAAAACAAACAAACUCCCAAUUAUAUUUCAAAUAUGCAGCUAGCUCUGAAAAGAAUUCAAGGAGUAAGAAUUGUAGUCAACUAAAAUUUCUUUUAGGAACUUAAAGAUCUUCAAAAAGAACCACUGGGUGAUUUGUGCCCAUUUCUAGGACCAGAUAUGUCUUAAGACAACCCUUUUAAAUGGUAUGCAAUCAUUAUUGGCCCUGAAAACACUCCAUUCCAUGGUGGUACAUUUAGACUCUAGAUAGAAUUCCUGGAUGACUAUCCUUACGAGCCUCCAAAAGUUGAAUUUUAGACAAAGAUUUAUCAUCCUAAUAUUUCUAGCAAUGGAGAAAUCUGCCUUGAUAUUCUUAGACACAGAGAAUUAUGGAGCCCUGCCUUGAAUAUUUAGAAACUUGUGAUAUCUAUAAUAAGUCUAAUGGGUGAUCCAAACCCUGAAGAUGCCCUCUGCCCAGAUAUAGCAAAGGAAUAUAUGAGAGAUAAAAAGAAGUAUGAAUCUGUCGCCAUGAGAUGGACAAAGCUUUAUGCAAAUUGA